GAGCCUGAGAUUUGCGCAGGCGUUGGACAUUGGCUGCUUGCUGUAUAAAGCAUCAUAUAAGACUAGAUACUGUCAUCUAUUCGAAAUCUAUCUCAAGCCGUCAAUCUCUAAUCUUGUUAUCUGAUCCUUAUCGAUAAGCGGUGGAGAAGCGACGUCAUCGGAAACGGAUCGAAGAAUUGACGGUUUCGACUUCAGAACGAUACUUCUUUUCUCUUUCUUCUCAAUCCCACUUACUAUUUCGCCGUAGUCAAUUGAAACACACCUGUCAUUCUACAUCAAUUCGAAAAAAUGGCAUCAGUCCCAACCACACUCCUCCGCGCCCUCUCCCUCCCCGACCCCUCCAAAGCCAGCCUCUCUACCUCAGGCCUAGGCUCCGGCUUCACCAGCACAGGCGCCAUACGCGCCACAGUCCCCUCCCCCGACGGAAGCAGCGAAGAAGAACGCCGCUACUUCGUCAAAACCUCCUCCGACGGCAAAGCCGCCGAGGAAAUGUUCCGCGGGGAAUACGAGUCCCUCAACGCAAUCGCAACCUCCAUCCCGGGUUUCUGUCCACGAGCUCUCGCCUGGGGACCGUUGGAAGAGGGGAAGGGGAAGAAUUUCUUCCUUGCGACGGAGUUUCUAGAUCUUGGUGGUGGGGGAAGACGAACGGGUGCGUCUCUUGCGCAGAGGUUGGGGAAGUUACAUUCGACGCCUGCGCCUGUUGAUCCGGAGAGUGGGAAGAGGAGGUUUGGGUUCCCGGUUCCGACGUUUUGUGGGGAUACGAAGCAGCCGAAUCGGUUUUGUGAUUCGUGGGCGGACUUUUAUGCUAAUGAACGGUUGAUGAAUAUUCUGGAGGAAUCUGAGAAGAGGAAUGGGCGGGAUGCUGGAUUGAGGGAUCUUGUUGAGCGGACGGCGAAGACGGUUGUUCCUAGAUUACUAGGCGAUGGCCAUUUGGGAUAUAAGGAUGGAAACGGCGAGGGUAUCACGCCCGUGGUGAUUCACGGCGAUCUUUGGAGUGGGAAUGCAGCCAGUGGUAGCAUUGUGGGAAGUGGUCGCAAGGACGAUGAAGAGGGUGGUGAGGUUGUCUACGAUCCGUCUGCUGUGUACGGGCACAGUGAGUUCGAGCUGGGCAUUAUGAAUAUGUUCGGGGGCUUUGGGUCGACGUUCUUCAAUGCGUAUCAUAAAAUCGUGCCUAAGACGGAGCCGGUUGAGGAGUAUGAUGAUCGGGUGCGGUUGUAUGAGCUGUAUGUUUCCCCCGUCCUUGAGGCCAUUGGAGAUGCUAACCAGAUAGGUAUCACCAUCUGAACCACCAUGCUAUUUUCGGUGCCGGAUAUAGAUCAGGAGCUACUUCGAUUAUGCAG